UCUUAAUACGUUUUUUAAAACACUUUCAAGUAUGUAAUUACAUAUGUAUCAACAUCACUAUUUCAAUGCUUUUUAAUUAUGGAAUAAAAGUACUACAUAGACUUGCAGAUAGCAGCGAAAGAAAUAGUAAGAGUAUUACUCUUAGCAGAAAAGUUUUUAGCUUAAUAAAACUCAUUCCGAAAUAGAGCAUACAUGUUCAUCAUUGUGGGUUGAAUGUAUGUACAUAUGUUGGUGAAUGCAUCUGGACUGUCCACUUAAUUAUCGUUAUGUUGGCAUGCUUGUCGGUACAAUUGUACGCAUGUACGUAUCUCUAAGCAAGCUAUCGCGGUGAUAUGGUCCCGCUCUUAGAUGGGAGCAAAGACACAAAAUGACUACCUACGUAAAGAAUACAAACAAUGCGACUCAAGGACACUUACCCGGUUCGGUAAGAGAUGCUUGAGUACAUGAUUUGUAGCUAGACGGUUAGGUGCACCACAUACAAUUUCACCGUCUGCAUUGUGUAAACACAUGUAGCAUUGUAAAACCAUAAUGAUUGAUGCGACCUUGGGCAGUUGUAUGCACUUUGGCUAGCAAUAUUAAUGUGGAAACGUCUGGAGGCAUGUGGGUUAUUCAUUUAGGUUUAGGUAUAUGUGCAUGUUAGGUACCUAGGUUUAAGGUCUGUGUCCAUAGCACUAUGGAAGUGUUAUGUACAUACAACUGAUUAGCUUAAGAACUAGGAUAAGAAUUUUAGUAUAAAUAAAGGCAGCUACUUGGUAGCCGUGUGAUUUUUCUAAAUACAACCUGCCGCGUUGGUUCGAUUAUUUUCCGCUUGUCAUUCAAUACAUAAAUACAACAACUGAAGAGAAGUGUGAAGCCUUUGCAUAAGCACGAAUAUUAAAUGUAUGUAUGUAGGUCUAUUAAAACAGGAAUCAUUUCUAUCAGUGAAUCAAUUGAACCGUUGAAGUUAAGCUAGGCGUAUACAAUUCUUAUCUGCAAACGCUCGCAAAAUUUUUCUAAUUAGGUAAGUUCUUAUGAUUAUAUAAAUAUGUACAUACAUAUAUCGAUUGCGAAAGCAGGCGUCAUAAUUUGCAUGUUAAUUAUAUCAACAGUGAAAGUUUUCAAUAUUAAAGGAGAUUUUAAUCUGUUCCAAAGGCUUAAAAAAAACCUACCUUAUUUUCAACCAAAAUUUUCAAGAUUUAUCAUCAUCUUUUUAAUAGUAUGUAUUUCUAAAAUAUAUAAUCAGGUUUUUCUAUUUUUAUCAUUGAACACUUUAAUAGCAAUGGAAGCCAAUGAACUGUUUGUGUCUAGAGUUGUGUCAACACUUUCCAGUUAUCGGAUGUAUUUGGCUGUAAUUUUCUUGUUGAUGUUUGUUUUUGAUAAUCUUGAUAAGACAACAGCAUUUCGUAACGGUCAUCGAGCUAUUGGUGAGCCAAGCAGAUGGAACUUGAUACCAGAUACACCAGAAGAACCAGCAGAAGAGAACUGGUUCCUACAAACACUUGAUCAUUUUGAUAAGGAAAAGCAGCAAGUAAAAUGGAAUCAAUUAUAUUAUAUAAAUGACACGUUCUAUCGGAAUGACAGUGAUGCACCCAUUUUUCUAACGAUCGGUGGUGAACUCCCGAUUUCGCCGCGUUGGGUCACAAAGGGCACGUGGAUUCGUUUUGCGGAACGCUUUGGGGCCAUAUGCUUUCACUUGGAGCAUCGAUUUUAUGGAAAAAGUCGUCCAAAAUGUGAUCUCUCAUUCGAGAAUCUACAAUAUCUUUCAUCGAAACAAGCACUCGCUGAUGUGGCCAACUUCAUUCAAGGCAUGAACAAGAAAUAUAACUUUACCGCUAAACAGAAAUGGAUUGUCUUCGGCGGUUCCUAUCCCGGGGCAUUGGCUGCCUGGGCGCGUGAAAAGUAUCCCCAUUUAAUAUAUGGCGCGAUCAGCUCGAGUGCACCGCUAUUGGCUAAAGUAGAUUUUUAUGAGUAUUUACAACUAGUGAAAGCUUCUUUCGAAACGCAUUCCGCCAGCUGCCUGAAGGCUUUUGGUUCGGCUUUUGCUGAGAUAGAAACCCUCUUACGUAAUGAGAUCGGCCAGCGUGAUUUGGAUGAACAUUUUAACACCUGCACGCCAAUUAUGGAGUCGGCUAAUAACUCGUUAGAUAUGUCCAAUUUCUUUCAAGCGUUGACCGAUAAUAUUGCGGGUGUGGUACAAUCCAAUAAGAACAAUGGACCUGAUGCUGGCUGCAACAUAGACGAUGUUUGCAACGUAAUGGUGAAUACAACAAUUGGUCCGCCAGUUGCACGUUUAGGCAUUGUCAGUGGCAUGCUUUUGGAAGAGUACAAAGAGAAGUGCUUCGAUUACAAGUACGAUAAGAUGAUAACUGGAAUGCGGAAUAUCUCUUGGUACGCUAAGGCAGCUAAUUGGACACGUCAAUGGACCUAUCAGACAUGUAAUGAAUUUGGUUUCUAUCAAACAUCAAAUAAUAAGAAUGACACAUUUGGCGAUCGUUUUAAAAUUGACUUCUUCAUAAAACAGUGCAUGGAUAUUUACUCAGAGAGCAUGGACGCAAAGUACUUGGAGCAUGUUGUAUCACAAACCAAUCAAAACUAUGGCGGUCUUAAUCCUAAUACAACAAAUGUGCUGUAUGUGCAUGGCUCCAUUGAUCCAUGGCAUGCACUGGGUUUGACCACAUCUAAAAAUCCGAAUUUACCCACUAUAUUCAUUGAAGGUAAAUGCAUUUCCUGUGUACGUAUUUUGUAUUUUGGUAAAUUGGCGAAAUCUCCUUAUUCGAUAGGCACUGCACACUGCGCCGAUAUGCAUGAGCCAGCCAAAACCGAUCCACCACAAUUGGUGGAGGCACGUAACAAAAUUGCUGAAUAUCUGGCACAAUUGUUGGAGAACUGAAGAAACUACAGAUACAUAUGUAUAUCAAUCAUAUCUUUUCUUGAAUUUUAUUUACAAAAGAAAAUUGUUUAAAUUUUUAAUUAAUUUGCAAAUGUAUUAAAUAUGAAAAACCCCGCAUGAAAUACAUAUCAAUUAUGUAGUUUUUAAUUGUAAAGGCGAUGAAAUCAA